GCAACAGGUAUCAACAACAGAACCAGUUCCCUCUUGGAAUUUGAUUGCUGCAGUAACAUCAGAAGGUACGAGAGAGGAGGAAUCACAGAAAGCGACUCUUCCGGAUGACUUGAUAAUACGACGAAAGGGAGGUGAAGAGGACAAGCAGCCAGAGACAGAACGGGAAACUGAAGCUGUAAAUUUCGAAACUCAGGUCGCAAAGCAGAGUAGCAAAAACACUGACGAAGUCGCAGCAGCUGCGACAGAAGCAAGUGCCAUGCUGUUUUUCGAUCAUACAUCUUCUAAAUCUUCUACCUGCGUGUCUACCUCUGAGCCAAACAAGACUAGAGACCAUGGAGCUUCAGCUUCAUCCGUAGCCUCAAGUUUUCUUGCCGAUUUGCUUCUUCGUGCAGCCCCAGCGCCAGAGGAGAAG